UAUUCCCUCCUCUCUUCACAGCUGCCAGUCGAGUUGGCCUUCGUCUUCUCUUUCCUUUUUCCGUUUCAAUUCUCUCCCAAAACCCUAAUCUCUCUCUCUCUCUCUCGAUCGAAUCGUUCACAGACAUGCUUCAACCUUUCCACACCAAUUAAAACUCAUCGAAUCCUCUUUCGAACGAUCCAUUUCUCAACAUCUAACCACAGGUAUAUAGCUCGAUUUGUGUAUGUCUUGUGGUUUGGAUUCUGCAUAUAGAACAUGAAGCGCGAGUUAGCUUUCGUAUUACAGACACAGUGUGAGCUCGCUGGUUCGCUGGGUCGAACCCGAGCGUCGAAGGUUCACACUUGGAGUGUGGAUUUGAAUGGAGUGAGUGAGGAUAGAAGCAGCAAAAGAUUUAAGGGUUCUGUAGUAAAAGAUUCGGAUUCGAGUGGUCAGAUUGAUGGAUCUCAAUCUCGAGAUCAGAUUCAAGAGACGGUAAGGGUAUAUAGGAGAACCAGAAGGUUUAAGAAUGCUGAUUCAGGGGUUGAACAGAAGGUGAGUCUGGUUGAAAGACUCGAAACUGUAAUUGAGGACAAAACUAAGUGCAAUUUGGUAAUGUGUGAAGACGAGAACAAGGGUGAGUUCGCUGAGGCUUUAAGUAAGGAAGAGUUAAGGGUUGGUAGUGAAAAUCCUACUGUCAAUGAAGGAGGCUCUGAGGCUGUUCCCAUGGCGGUUCAUGAGAAUGUUGAGGCAAGGAAUGAUGAGAACAAUGGGUCAAGUAAUGAUGCAACUAAUGAAGUGAGGAAUGACUUGAAUAAUGAGGUAAUAUGUGAUGUGUUGGUUGAAGGAUUUACAGAGACAGCAUUGAACUCAAAAUCAGAGGUGGAGGUGGUGAAGUGUUCGGGAUUGGUGGCUGCUGAUGGUGGUGAGAACGAAACAGUUACGAAUGUUGAGGUGAAUGAAAGUGGCAGUGUUAAUGCUUUGGGGACUCCAACAAAGAAGUUGGAACUGAAAAUGUCGAAGAAGAUUGCAUUGGGGAGGACGCCGAAAACGGUGAAGGAGCUUUUUGCUACUGGUUUGCUUGAGGGGUAUUCUGUUUUUUACAAUGGUGGUGACAAGGGAUUUCGAGGAAUGAUUAAGGAUGUUGGGAUCUUGUGCUUUUGUCGUUUGUGCAAUGGAUCCAGAGUGAGUAUUGUUAUUUUGAUUAUUUCGAUGCCACUUUACCAGUUUGCCAACUUUUGCAGUUUGCUAACCAGUUUCUCUCACGAACGUGCGGCACAGUAUAUAUGCCUUGAGAAUGGGAAAAGCCUCCUCCAGGUAUUGAAGGCUUGCAGGAACUCUCCUGUGGAUACAUUGGAGGAAACGAUUCAGAGUUUCAUUGGUCCAUUGGCUGUAAAGGAAUCUAUCAUUUGUCAAAAUUGCAAUGGGUCCUUUCUUGCAACAAUUGCUGAGAAGGUGGAGCAACUUUGCCAGUCAUGUGUGGGUUUGAAGAGCUUGGAAGCCACCCCAAGUCAUGCAACUGAUACCAAUGAUAGAUCUUUCAAAUUAGCCUUGGCUUUAAGAAAGUCCACUAGAAGUGCUAAAGCAGGCAUUUCAUCACAAGAUAGAAGUGAAGGGAGGGUAACAAAAAAGAGGUCGUUAAAACCGGCUUUGGCUCCAAAGUCCUCUGGAAGUGCUUCUGUGCAUAUUUUUUCUGGAAAAAGGAGUCAAGGGAGGAUAGCUCAAAAUUCUUCAAGAUCACCUUUGGUUUCAAAGUCCACUGCAAGUGCUUCUUUGCUUAUUUCAUCAAAAAGUAACAGUCAGAGGAAGAAAACAGUAAAGUCUUCAAAACCAGUAUCAGCUCGAAAGUCAAAUGGAAGUGCUUCAGUGCGCAUUUCAUCACAAAAUAAGAGUCUACCAAAUAAUACAAAAAAGUCAUCAAAAGCUGUUUUGAUUGCAAGGCCCUCUAAAAGUGCUUCUCCUAGUAUAUCUUCACAAAAGAAGAGCAAAUGGAAGAUAACAAAAAAAGAUCUGCGGUUGCAUAAGUUGGUUUUUGAGGAUAAUGGAUUACCAGAUGGAACUGAAGUAGCGUACUAUUCUCAAGGGCAGAAAUUGCUUGAGGGUUUUAAAAGGGGCCUGGGAAUAUUAUGUCGUUGCUGCAACUCGGAGGUCAGCCCCUCACAGUUUGAAGUUCAUGCUGGUUGGGCCUCACGUAAAAAGCCCUAUCAAUACAUUUACACUUCAAAUGGGGUGUCUCUGCAUGAAUUUGCAAUAUCUCUAUUGAAAGGUCGUAAACAUUCUGCCAAGGACAACGAUGACCUAUGCACCAUCUGUGCUGAUGGUGGGAAUCUAUUGCUUUGUGAUGUAUGCCCAAGGGCGUUCCAUAUAGAAUGUGCAUCACUGUCGAGCAUUCCUCGUGGUAAAUGGUAUUGUAAAUAUUGCCAGAACAUGUUCCAAAGGGAGAAGUUUGUGGAGCAUAAUGCUAAUGCUGUAGCAGCCGGAAGAGUUUCAGGAGUUGAUCUUAUUGAACAGAUAACCAAGCGCUGCAUUCGAAUUGUCAAAAAUCCAGAAGAUGCUGAGGUCAUUGCAUGUGUUUUGUGCAGAGGUUAUCAGUUUAGAAAAUCUGGAUUUGGUCCACACACAGUAAUAGUUUGUGAUCAGUGUGAGAAGGAAUAUCAUGUUGGCUGCUUGAAGAAACAUAAAAUGGAUGAUCUAAAGGAAUUGCCAGAAGGGAAGUGGUUCUGCUGCAUGGUUUGUAGGAGGAUCUAUUCUGCUUUGCAGAAUUUGCUCGUUCGUGGAGAAGAGAAGAUCCCGGAUUCUCUUUUGGAUGUCAUAAAGAAGAAGCAUGAGGAAAAAGUUUCUGAUACUGUCACUGAUUUUGAUGUGAGAUGGAGGAUUCUCAGUGGUACAAUUGCUUCUCCUGAAACUAGAUUGUUGCUCUCGAAAGCUGUUGCCAUCUUCCAUGAUUGCUUUGACCCUAUAGUUGACUCAGCAACUGGCCGUGAUUUUAUCCCAUCUAUGGUUUAUGGAAGGAACAUAAGGGGCCAAGAUUUUGCAGGAAUGUAUUGUGCAGUAUUAACCAUAAAUUCAUCAGUUGUGUCAGCUGGAAUCUUCAGAGUUUUUGGACAGGAAAUUGCAGAGCUCCCUUUAGUUGCAACAAGUAAUGGUAACCAAGGCAAGGGCUACUUCCAGAUAUUGUUUUCGUGCAUUGAGAAACUCCUUGCGUUCUUGAACGUGAAGAGCUUGGUGCUCCCUGCUGCUGAAGAAGCAGAAUCUAUAUGGACACAGAAAUUCAGUUUUGAAAAAAUGUCCCCAGAACAACUUAGUGACCACAGAAAAACCUGUUGGCAAAUGUUGACCUUCCAAGGAACGGCUAUGCUACAAAAAAGGGUUCCCCAGUGUCGAAUUAUUCAGCAAGAUGGUGUUGAUGUACCUAUGGAGUCCAGUUGAGUGCUGCGAAGCAGUUUUUGUUGUUGACUUUGUCUUCUUUUUGUACAUUGGAUGUGUAUUUUGGUGGAAUAUUAGUUAUUUUCAGUAUUAGUUGUUUCCUUUAUAAACAAAACAUUGGAAUUAAGAUGUCAAUAGUAGAUGAAAUAGAGUUACAAUAGAGUUUACUAAAGAUACAACAAAACCAUAGAGGGCUUGUGAUUUUGUAAAGAUAGUGAUAUUAAAUGCAUUUUAUUUGUUUUUUAAUUUUUACGGAGAACAAGCAAAUCUCAGUUCA